AUGGGUUCACCUGGAGUCUCUUUAUCUGUCAGAGAUCUACAGGUGAAGGUAAACAGAUUAAAUGAUCCAAUCAGGAUCCAGCUGACAUGUCACACUGACUGUCAGCUGGAUCCUUCAGUUUCCUACGUCUGGUUGGAGGAUGGGAAAGCAAACAAAGAAAAUAACAAUAAUUUGGUCCUGUCCUCAUUUAAUACCACACACAGAUAUCAGUGUGCAAUAAGAGGACAUGAGGAUGUUCCAUCUCCUGCAGUGUAUGCUCCACAGACCACCGUUCUGUCAGUGACCCCCUCAGAAACUGUUGAAGGCUCUAAAGUGACUCUGACCUGCAGCAGUGAUGCUAAUCCAGCAGCUAAAUACAACAUUUACAGGGUGAAUGAAGAUCAACAUGGUCAACUUGUCAGCACAGAAAUACAACCAGUCUUCAGCUCCAUCCAGGUCUCUGAUUCUGGGAGGUAUUACUGUGCAGCUGGAAAUGACCUUGGGAGCCGGACGUCUCCAAGUAUCGAUAUUAAUGUGAAAUAUGCUCCCAGAUCUCCUUCAGUGUCUCAGAGUCCGUCUGGUGACAUCGUGGUGGGUAGCUCCGUGACUCUGACAUGUAGCAGUGAUGCUAACCCAGCAGCUAACUACACCUGGUACAAGGAGGGAGAGAAGGCACAAAAAGCUUCAGGAGAACACUUCACCAUCACCAACAUACAAAAUGAACACAGAGGGAACUAUUACUGUAAAGUCCAGAACAAGAUAGGACAUCAUAACACCUCUGUAUCUGUGACUGUUGUGCCAGGUCAACCAAUGUCAACGAUCACCUGCAGGUUGGCUCUAUUGAUCCUGAUUUCUAUGCUUGUCCUGAUUACUUUUAGAAGAACCCUGAAAACUAUGAAAAAAAACACAAAACUAUCUGAUCCUGUAGAAAUGAUGGAGAUGAGAAAUGCUAUUGAGAUCACAGAGUGAGUAUGGAUUGAUCGAUCAUUGAUCAAUGCAUUGAUCUGUAAUUAACCAAUCUGCUUUUGGUGCAUUGUUGUCAUUCAAUUACUGUACAUAAAAAAAAGA